UCUUCAGCAAGCUCAAGCGUUUUACUCAUUUCCGUUCCAUCAGAUGAUGACUGCAGUGCCCAACACAGAAAUGAUGACUGAGCAGCCGACUCUAGAGGGCAUUCCAGAGCCAAACAUUGCUCAGGAGCCUCCAAAAGUGACACUGUUCUACAGCUCAACAUUAUUAAUGAACAUAGAGAGAGAGAGCAAUCUUUGGGUGGUCAUGUCAUGGCCAGUGCCUGUGCUGCCUGAAUCUCUAAACUUUUAAGAGCCAGAAGAUGAGGAAGCUUCAGGUGUGUUGCUUAAAUUAAUGAAUUUUGAAGAAGUUAAAAAAGGGGGAAGGAAAAGAAAAGCCAAAGAAACUGAGCCAAAGCAACCCAAAAAGCCUGCUGCUAAAAAAGAAAAACCAGCCAAGUCAAAAGGCAAACAAGAAAAGAUCACAGAUACUUUUAAAGUCAAAAGAAAAGUGGACCGUUUUAAUGGUGUAUCUGAAGCUGAACUUCUGACCAAGACUUUGCCUGAUAUUUUGACCUUUGAUUUGGACAUUGUGAUAAUUGGCAUAAAUCCUGGCCUGAUGGCAGCUUACAAGGGACAUCAUUACCCAGGACCUGGAAACCAUUUUUGGAAGUGUCUGUUCAUGUCUGGUCUAAGUAAUGAGCAGUUGAACCACAUGGAUGACCACACCUUGCCGCAUAAAUAUGGGAUUGGAUUUACAAACAUGGUUGAAAGGACAACACCUGGAAGCAAAGACCUCUCCAGCAAAGAGUUUCGGGAAGGAGGGCGAAUUCUGAUGCAGAAGCUACAAAAGUAUAAACCUCGUAUAGCAGCUUUUAAUGGAAAAUGUGAGAACUUUUACAUGAAUUUUUUUCUGCCAGUAGCUUUUUUUUUCCACUUACCCUAUAUUUUCAUUUUAGGUAUUUACGAAAUUUUUAGUAAAGAAGUUUUUGGAAUUAAAGUUAAGAACUUGGAAUUUGGGCUGCAGCCACACAAAGUGCCAGAUACAGAAACUCUCUGCUAUGUUAUGCCAUCAUCCAGUGCAAGAUGUGCUCAGUUUCCUCGGGCACAAGAUAAAGUUCAUUAUUACAUUAAGCUGAAAGACUUAAGGGAUCAACUGAAGGGCAUUGCACCCAACACGGAGGUCCAGGAGGUGCAGUACACAUUUGACUUGCAACUUGCACAAGAGGAUGCUAAAAAGACGGCUGUCAAAGAAGAAAAGUAUGACCCAGGCUAUGAAGCAGCGUAUGGAGGAGCUUACUGUGACCGUGCACCGUAUGACACGGACCAGUGCGGCUUGUCUUCAAAUGGAACUGCAGAAAGCAAUCCACAGUACUGCGAAGGGUCGUCCUUCAGUGAGGUUCCUAACGGACAGUGGAUGACACAGUCCUUUGCAGACCAGAUUCCAGAGUUCAGUGCUGCCAUGACACAGGAAGAGGAGGGAAGCAGCAUGUAGGAGCUGUUCCUUCUCAGCUAUGCACACAUGCUGCAGUUUUAAUGCAGUGAUCAAGAUUGGUACCUCAGUUCUCCAACUGAAGCAUCUGAAUAGUAUUUUAUCUCCCCUAGUUAUUUUAUUAUAGUCCAAAGUAAGUGUGUGGUAGGCUGAAAUCAAUGAACUAGAUAAUUUUAAGGAACUGUCCAAACUUUUUAAAAAAAAGUUAGCCCUUUUUUGUAUAUGAGUUUUAUAUUUAAUGUAUACCAUGUCUUGCAGUUUUAACAAAUUGCUUUCUCAUUUGUGAAAAUUUCUUUGAGGUGUUAAUUUUAUUCCAUAAAUGGCAACAUGGUAGGAACAGCAGCAGUAUACUUUUUACUGAUGCCUCAAUAUAUGGAUAUCUCUUAAUACUUUUAUUAUAUCCAGGGGGGAAAAUGGAAAAUGUACCCUUACCGUGUGUGAAGCGGUGUUUUUAAUCAUGCACAGUUAAGGAAAUGGUGCUUUUUAAUCCUGCCUUUUACCAUCUUAAAAAAGUAGAAAGUUGUGUUCUGCAGCUAUAGGUGCUGUUUUCUGGGUGGGACAAGACAGCUCUGUCUCUUCAGUGAGUGUACCGUAAUUUAGGAUGAAGGGAGUGAAGACAUCAUCUCAAGUCACAGCACUGGGGAGGAAAACUUCUGUCACACAGGACAGGGUCUAAAUAUCCUAGCUGAGCUCUCUUAGGAUAAGGUUUCUCUACCACUCCAUCUCUUUCCCCCUUAAAUUACAAUGUAAGGAACUGGAAUUGCUUUUAAAAAAAAGCAAAAACAAAGAGCAGUGGUAGUUCUUGAAUUCUGUGGUAUUUAAACUCCAUCAUUUCCAUGAAGUUAGUCCCUUCACCUGAUUUUUAGCAGGAGAUAACACCUUUGAAUGAGACAGAGAACUGAAAGACUGCAUUCUCUUAAAAGUCAUAUACAACUAUGUUAUUUACAUCAUGUACAAUUAGCACAGGAUGAAAGAGAUUUGCAGUUUAGCAAUUUUUAACAUUAAGCUCUCUUCAAUCUGUAGUACCUUAGAGGUUGUUCCCUUUAUUCCACUUAAAAUUUAAAAACACUGAGUUGAAUACAGGGACAGCUGUUCCAUGAAUAAGAAAUUGUCUGUAGAAACUCUCUUCUAAGGAACUUGCCUAAAUGAUACACAUUUUUGUCCAAUAUGACUGAGAAAAAAAAAUCAUCCUGGUGCCUAACUCUCAUCUUCUUUCCCUCUUUUAUCAUGUAAGGAAAAGAUGAAGUAAAAGCAAUAAGCUGAUCAAAACAUUAAAGUUUUGAUGAUCUUACAACAUUUGGUGCUUCACAUACUUGAAAACAGACACAAACAGUAUCUCCACACUCCAUGCUGGUCAGAGAUUCCUGUACCAAUGUGACUUAUCCUCUCCUCACAGCUAGUGACAGUUGUCAGUUGUGUGUAACUGGUUAGUGUACGUUCUAAUCCUGCUGUAACACCUCUUACAGAGAUCACACACUGUCAACAUGUUGUGAGGCAGGCUUGAUGUUUACAGUUUCUUCCCAAAUUAUGUGGUUUAAUUCUGAGAAUCUUCAAUUGAGUGAGUGUGCAUUAUGAGUCUGAUUGUGUUUAUUAGCUGCAGCAUAAAACUGUUCCACAUAUUGUCAGAAAGGUAUAGGACUUUUCUGUUAUUUAAAGUGUACUGUAUCAUGUAUUGCUGUUUACAUGGAUGUUUUCCUGCAGGUGCUCAAAGUAUCUUGCAUCAGGGAUUUGUUACAAUUUAGUUUUAUUUUCAACAAAAUUAGAAGCAUGAAAUUAGCACUGCUAAGUAUGUAGCACAGUAGGAUGUAACUCCUGAAAGGCUGUCCUGUUUGAUUGGAAGGGAAAGGUCUCUUCCUUAAUGGAAUCACCCACUUGGUUAUCUGGGUAUGAAAUACAGUUGAGCGUGCAAUGACCAUUCCACUAAAUACUGCAAUUCUGUGUCCUCCCUCAAAACUGGUGCUCUUUUUGUUACAGUGAUACAGAAGUUCUUAAUCUGUCUUAAAUCUAUCAAUGUUUCACAAUAAAAUCAGGAAUUGUACUGCAGUGUAUUGGAAUGUAUUUUGCAUCUUAUUAAGUGCACUACAGGAUGGGUUAUAGUCAGAGAUGCCACAAAACAGUCACCACACAACAGAACACUGUAAUAUGUGCCCAGGUUUUCAAUUCAGGCUGUUUAUGUGGGCUAGAUAACUAAACACUUCUUGUACGUAACACUGCAGCUAUCUCCUGUGUAGUUUUUUUCCUACCAGAAGACAUUGGAAUCUUACUGAGAAAGACCUUAAAUUAAAGCACUCUGUCUGA